AUGGUCCCGGAGGCUUGCAAAUGCAGCGAGAAUCUAAGGAAUGAUUUCUUUGAUAUGGCCUGUAAUGGCCUCCGGACGGGGCACUAUGACAUAGUCCACAGAGUGGAUGGUUUGGAAUCUGUUCAGAAGGAAAUGUCAGAGGAGGAGAAAAGAGCUUUUAAAUGUCUUCGAGGACUUCAAAUUAACCGAGACAGAGAGAUCGAAAAACUGGAUUUAUUAUGGAAUUGUCUUUUAAAAGCGGUACGUAAUUCUUUUACUGUCAAAGCCAGAAAACCGUGCACACAUGAAAAAUUUCAGGAAUGUUGAUUUUGUAUACUGGCCCAUUACAAUAAAGUUCAGGAUACGCAAGAAAACCUCAAAACCACAAACUAAUUACCGUUGCUGUUUGCUGUUUGAUUUCUCGCAGCAAAAUAACAUUCCAUAGAUAUUUCUGGUGUUCACGGUUUUGUGAGUUUCACAGUAAGUGUGAGUUUGGGGAACAGGAAGUAUGGGUUGUGCUUACUUUCUUUGAACUUGGCUCCUCGUAUCAUUUAACAGACACCAAAAUUAACGAUGCCAAAGUGCUAUUUUUAGAUUAUCAUAUCAAAACUUCUUACUAUUGCAAUAAUUUGCAGCCUGAAUGUCUCCCUGAAUCGUCAGCGUCAUCACCUUCUGCAGCUGACAAGUCAAUUAACGACAGUAAGGUACGUAAAGAGAACCUUUUACCAACUCAGUUGUUCAUUUACUGAGCACUCAUGAAGUAGGACUGUAGGCCAACAGAAACACUCAAUGAACAGCUAAAAUUACUUGUCUUAUCAAGAAGGAUGCAAUUCGUGAGCCGCCUAGCCCCACCUGGCCCAUUACCCAUGGGUGCACGUGGAGGUAAUAAGCUUAGUACGUAUUUAUAGGUCCAAGCUGACAAAACUUUCGUUUUGAAAUAGUAUCGCCCUCUGUUUGACGUAUCUAGCUCGUUUUCGCUGCUUCUCAGCUGUAUUUAAACUUGUUUUUAAUAGAUAAGAGAUCGAUAUAAAGCAUGAAGCUGGCCAUUCGUUCGAAUAGGUUUUUUUCAGUCAUGAAGCCUGAAAGUAUUAAAAUUAGUCGUGUUUGAUCGAACAAAAGUGUUUUAUGCCGCCUCGUGAUCAUGCAGUGACGCUCCUAAUCACAUGACAAAACGUGUUUUUCAAAUGGGGAGCAUUCGCCUGACCCAUCCUCGGAGACCCAGGGGCAGACAGUCGGGCUGAGGAAAGGCGCGACGAAAAUUUUCAAGCACGAGCGGAAGAACCCCUGGGUACCGACUCUCAGCGGACCAUUUCCAAGCGGUCAAGCAAAUGCUGGCUCCUGAUUGGGCACAAAAAAUGUUUUGUAUUAUUGCGCCCAAUCGGCGAAGAGUUUCUCCUGAGUUCUUUUCGUGAGUUCGUACACGACGGCUAUUGUCUCUCCAGACUUACCGGUUCGUUCACCAAGCUUGUUCAUGCAAGGGAAACUUUCAUUUUCUACUUUUCUAACCAGCAAUCCAAUUUGCACAAGAAAGUCAAAAAAGCAAUAGCUUGGCAUGGCAAAACAAGAUAAAAAAAAAACAAAAACAAAAACAAAAAAACAUCACCCUUUUGUACAUUUCUUUGCCGUCACUGCACGACUACCAGGUGAAAAUGCCCAAUUUCACGCUUUACAAUACCAGCUUGUGAAGGACGUAAACAAGCAAUGACAAAAUUUUCUUUCUGUUUAUCAAUUUGGAUAUGGUUGAUAGAAGAUCAUCUCCAGAAGAGUUCGCUUGCAUUUGACAAAGUAAGCGAGUUGGAGCAAUGACGAUAGAGACUCAAAAAAUGUAAAUUCACUUUUCAUGCGACGUUUUCUUGGCUGUGAGCGUGAAUUCCUGUUGUAAGCUCAAGCUUGUAUUUUUGGAAAAGUAGCCUGCGUAACAUGGCGGUUUUGGUUGGGCGCGCAAAGUAAGAAAGGCGGGCGAAGGCAGAGAAACCUCGAGGAGAUUGCUCCCGACAAAACCGCCAUGCUACACACGUUACUGGAAAAGCGUCGUUAGUUUUCGGUUCACAGUAUUUGAAAUGGGGAGUUUAUAUCAAACUGAAAGUUUCCUAACCGUGUGCAUUUCUUUGGUGCAUGAGACAGACAAGCUGUGAUCGAGUCUAUAGCCGUCGUGUACGAACUCACUAAAAAAGCUCAGGAGAUGCUGUUCGCCGAUUGGGCACAAUAAUACAAAGCAUUUUUGUGCCCAAUCAGAGCCAGCAUUCGCUUGACCGCCUGGAAAUGUUCCGGUGAGAGUCGGUACCCAGGGGCUCUGCCGCCCAUCCUUGAAAACUUUCGUCGAUCGAGCCUUUUCUCCCAGCCCGGCUGACUCCCUCUGGGUCUCCAAGGAUGUCGCCCACCUAAAAUUUGAAACGUUUUGACCUUAAAAUGAUCGGAAAGUUAAUUUUUAGUGAUUCCGCCUUUUAACUGAUAUCCAUCCUAUACUUUAUCAGUUAUUGGUCAGUAACUAAAUAAUUAUUCAGCAAGUCACCUGGCCUGUUUGACUUUAAUUAACUGACUGUUUCCUUUUACCCCAGGACACUAUUUAAAGGCAGCACUCUAAAACCCCUCGCUAAGAGCGUAUACACUUUGACUAAGUAUUCCCCCAGUUUUGACGUGAAACAUUUUGACCGUCGCAGAGUGAAUGUGAGUCACUUGAUAUGCACUGAUAUAAGAAAACGUUCAUCAAGUGGAUGUAACUGUGGAUAAGAAUUAACACUGCUUGCCAAGUUUCUUAAAGAUAAGAGAAAAGGUCAUACAGUACUUGAAAUCAAAAUCCACUAAAUCUGCACUUGAGCCAAACCCUACGGGGGUAGUCUGGUUGUCUUUGUUUUUAGGGGGGCGGGGGGUGGAGGGAAUGGGGUUGAAUUUGAGAAUGAGGAAAUAAGGGCAGAAAAGAUCUACAGAUAAACUAGUUUGUCGGUUUAUGAGCGCAUCUGCAUCUUGUUGUGGUGCAGGUGGACUAUCUGGCAGUUCUCCUAUUUGUCUAUUCGGUGCAUGUUUCACCUUCUGUCUGCACCUCUGCUCAUAUUGGCUCACCUUCUGUCUGGGCCUAGCUCCUACUGUACUGCUUCGGGGGCAAUUUCCAUUUCAAGAUCAAUGUCAAGGGCCGUCAAUGUGGCACUGUCAAGUUCUGACAAAAAACUGCAAAAAUAACAGAAACAUAACAUAAAUAUAUAAUCAUACAUUAAACAUUCCAACCUAAUGAACAUAAAAAAAUCUUUUCAAAAUACUAAAAUUUGGCUUAGGUGUUUAUAAGUACUCUUUUCCAAAUUGCCACGGCAAAAUAAACAAGUGCGUGUCAUUCUUUACCUUGUUUGAUCGACUUCAAUAUUUUCAAGAGUUAUUUCUUCUUCACUCCUAUUGUCAUCAUCAGACUCACUGAACUGAUCACUGUUGCCCCAGCUAUCUGCAGUCUCCGAGUCACUAGAAGCAUGAUCACUAGACCUGAAAUGACAAUUUCACCAUUAUUACCAUUUAUCCAUCAUGUAAUAAUGUUUCAUGUAAUGUGUCUUUCCAUCUUCGUUGCGGUUUUUAAUCGUCAAAUGUAGCUUUUUUGUUGUUCUUAAACUCUGGGACCACUGUAAUUGACUUAUUGCUGUGUGUCAUGUAAUAGGUGAAGCUAAUAAAAUAAAAUAUUGCCAAUGCACUGAACAGUAAAAGAGAACCUUCUGGGAUGAAAAAAAAAAUGUAAUAGUAACAGGAUGUGAAGAUGUUGAUCCAAGUAACAUUGUUUUUUCUGCAUAAAAUUCCAUUCUGUGCGGUAAAAUAAGGCCACUACACUACAAAAUUCCAAACCCAAAGAGGGACUUAGGACCACAAUAUUCAGAAAAUAGUUUUGGACAACCACCCUUUUCAGGAUACAGACAUUGGUAUGGUCUAUCAUAAAAAAACUAUAGUGAUAGUAAGUGCAAAAGCAGAUGCUAAGCAGCUUGACUGUGAACUGACAUAAAAGUGGGAGUAUUUAUCUCAGCAAAAAAAAAAAAAUUGUCGUAGGAAAUGAAAAGAGAAAUAGAGACACUUACUCCAAUUCACUCAUAGUCUCUGUCUCUGCCUCUGAAUGGAGGAAAACAGGGGUUCCAAUUAGAAAGCUCAUCCAAAAGAGUCCUGUGCCGAGUCAGUUGGUCUUUCUCUAGCUCAUCAACUUCAACUUCAAUCCUAAAUACAAGAAAACAUGAACGAAGCCAGAAAGAAAUAUCAUUAUUGUUGUAUGAUAUCAGUACAAGGUUUCCAAACCUAUCGUUUAUGCACAACAUAUCGAUUGUAGACUAUACGCUAAAUUAAAAGUACUCACUUACUAAAACUUGAGUUUUCUGCAACACUAGCAAAGGAUACAGGGGCAACUGUGAUAUUCUCAGUCCUGAUUUCUUUACCCAUCGGAGUCGACUGGAGGAAUAGCUGCCUUCUUCCUACCAAAAAAUGCGAAAGAACGCGCAAUGUAUAUAAAAAAAAAAAAGGAAAGCGAAAUACUCGAACUGCUGUGACGGCAUAAUAAAAAGAAGGUUUAUUAAAAACAAUUUUCAAUAUUUUACCUUGAUGCACUUGAGGUGAAGUAGCAUCUGGAUGCGCGUGAGGAGAUCGAUCACGCUCUCGUGUAAGUUCGUCUUGGUGCAUAAGUGUCUCCGCAAAAUCGUUACCUGUAUUCGUGAUUCCUUGUAGCCCAAGGGCUUCCUUCCGUUCAAUCUAUAGAUUGUACGUGGAUUCCCUAAGUUUUAGGCGUUUGAUGCCUUCUGGCCUCCUUGGAUGGCCCCUUGCCGGACGACUGGCCGACGUUUCUACGAACCGCGACUGAAAACCAACAACACAGUGCCCUUGGAAAGAAAUUUCUUUUACAAAUGAGAAUUACAAAGAUAGUUCAGAAAUUAUAGAAAGAAUUCCAGAGGAAACAGGACCUUAAUACCGCCUAUAAAGUAGUUUCUUUCUCGCUCUUGCGCUUGCCCUCGCGCGCUUGCCGAUGUUUUCGAAAAGAACGAAAAGAAAAAAAAAACAACGUCUGUGUGCAGGCGACGUCUGUGGCGCAAGGUAUUAUACGCCCGGUUAUUUCUUGAAAGAGUACCCGAAAUUUACUCUUGUGAGGCUCAUUACCAUAAGUAACGCUUUGUGAUGACAAUAAUGAAAGUAACAACCGACGACGUUUGUUUUUCAGGUGCGUGAAAGACACACAAACCCAGGUGCUACUCUACAAAAACCAAAACCACGCGAACAAGCCCCAAAUAUUGUUGUAAGUAUUAGCCAAGGGGUGGGGGAGGAAACUCUAUUGUUUUCCACCUAAGUUUCUUGACCCACUCCGCCUGCCAAUAUGACGUCACAUAGUAACGGGUAAGAGCGUCGGGUCACUUGCGCAAAUUAGCAAGUGAUACGACAGUUAUUUGGACGAGCGAGGUCGAGGAAAAGCUAAAAAGCUAGCAAAUAACGCUACUAUAUCGCUUAUUUUAUCGAAUGUGUCUGAGCUUUGGUGUUGCUAUAAUCUACUUGUGUAAACCGUUUUGAUAUUUUGGGUCCGUGACUUUAUAAUUUUGUUAAUUUGUCUUGCGCGCCGUGUUGCGGGAUCGCCAUCUAUUUCACGGGACCGUCAAGGUCAUCAAAACUUAAAUCUUUUUUUCUUCUUUCUCUAAAAUAGGCAAGGUCUAGUCUCCAGAAUAGGAGGUUCCAUUCACAGAUCACACAUUUUUAUAUUUCAUCUAUUCUUUUCAGUGCUAAUUAAACGGGCCUAACUUCAUAUCAUUCCUUUCGAAUGAAGGCCUCUGUUGAUCUCCUGACUCUCCACCAACUUCAGUAAAGCUAGUUCGAUCGAUUAUCUACAUCGAGUCGGUAAGUGGGAAAAUGGGGAAAAGCUUUGAAAUACGCGCUAAAGCUAAUUUUCCUCAAGUGUAUAUUUGAAUCAUGAUAAAUACAGCUCCACCAGCUUCAAACAGGGUCUAUGGCAGAGAAAAAUUGUUUUGAUAUGACAAAAUUAAUUUUUCAAAUCAUGUGUGUCACUGUGGUGCAGUGGUCAAAGAGUUGUUUGAACGUGCAGAUAAACCGGGUUCGACACCCCGCGACGCUGUUUUCUGUUUCUUUGUACCGUCUUUUUUUUCCUGUUUGGUCUCUUUUUUUAACACUGUUUUUCUUUUUGGCCUUUUUUUUUUAUUCUUACUGCUAACCCUGCUGGUCAUGCACUUGGAUCAAUAUAUAUUUUAAGCUUAAUUCCGGCGUCUUAUUUUGGAAAAGGGAUUUCAAAAGCUCUUGAUCUGCAUACUGGCCAAGCUUACGACAAGAAAAAAACCAUAAGCUAUCAAUACAUGUCUCUCCUCUGAAACAGCUGAAUUUUUUCCCAUGUUAGUUGACAUCAUGACAAACAACACACGGUACACCACACUGAACUGUACUAAUUUACACCCAACACCCACCAGUGACCCACUGGCGAAAGUUAAAAUUGCCUUUUUGUACAUAGUCUUAAUAUCAAUAUUAUUACCCUAAAAUCUCCACUAGGUUUUGCCCUCCAAAAAUAAUGAAACGAAACCUUUUAUUGGUUUUCUGGAUUUAAUUACAGAAUUACCGGGGUAUGCCCAAUACAGUACUAAAAUGAGGGUAAAGCAACAAGAUUCAAUGCUCACAGUCUCUCACAAAUACCUGUCAUUUAGCUUCCUUUUUCAACGCUACAGCUAAGCGAACUUUGACAGGAAUGAUAUGGUGUUCCACUAGCUUUGAAGAGCUUAAAAUAUGCACAAUGUAAAGUAUAAUACAUCGUUUGAUGAAUCUCCCUUGCUGUGCACUGGCCCUCAAAAGUGUGACCGGUCGGUAUGAUUGCCCUAAAAAUUUGCUCGACGAUAGAAAGAAAUCUUUAAAAUUCAUUACACUACUGGGCAUUUCAUUCCAAAAGUCUAGUUUUCUACGACAAUAGAAACCUUAAAAUCUCCAAAUCCAAGAAAUCGGAACAGUAUUUCCGUGAUAAAUCGAAAUUUUUAUCCGUCUCUUCGAUGAACACUUUGCUCGACAUUUUGAAAGUUACUGACGCGAGACGUGACGUCAUACUGGCAGGCGGGCUGUACCACAGAUUUCCUUGGAGACACCUCCCCCCCUCCACGAUAUUAGCCUUCAGUUGGCGAGAGUGACAGAUCUGCUGUGGCGCGCUUAAGAAGAUUGUUAAUUGAUGAUAUCUUCUUCUAACUUAACAUCCACAACUUAGUUUGUCUCCGGCAUCCUCUUGCGGUUAACAAACGAUUAACUGGCAGGGAGCCCGCAAAUAGGGUGAGGAUUUGCACCACGAGUGGCAAAAUAUCGAGGGAUGGGCAGCACUCUAAAACCGGGCAUCGCGAAACAAUACCUUGAAUGAGAGCCUUCUCGACCCUUAUCGCAGGCUAAAUUCUUCAGAUUAAAUUUUGAGUACUAAUAGUAAUCGGGGAUAAGUAAGUGCUUUCGAAUGUUUACUUUUCGGAUUGGGGAGAAAGUUUGUGGAGAAAGUAGAAAAGUUUGUACGAUCCAGUGAACGAUGGGGACGAGUUUAAUAACGGAGAUGGGUUUGACAGAGUCGUGUUCUUUCGCUAUCAAGUCCGAAGUAUCAGCGUAUUAUCGUCAAUGCUCUUGUAGCUAAGUUAAAUAUAAGAACGUUCCUAGUAUUAAACAACGCAGUAAAAUAUUUUUAUCCCUUAACGAACUGGACGCAACACCACAUUUGUUAAAUUGAACGGUGCGGGCAAACAGAACGACAUCUGGUAAAUCGAGUCAAUUACUCUGUGUAAUGAAAUUGUUCUUCUACCAGAGCAUGCAUCCAAUAACGAUACUAGGAUUUCUCACUGUUGCUUUUUUAUGUGCAGUUCGCUAAAGUGAAUUCCGAAUAUUCGAUCGCCUGCCGAUUACUUGCCUUAGCUGAUUUAUCAUGGUUGUCGUUUCAACCGUAAAUUAUCCGAAUUAAGCGUUCUCAGUAUCCCCUGUAUUCCUUGAAGGGCUCGUGAACUAAAGAAACGACACACUGUAUGGGAACGAGGCCUAUGAUGCAUCUGUUUGUCCAGUAUUCGACUUUAAUGUUCGUUCUCAGGCUUCUCACGGGUUGAGUUUAGGUUGCGUUCUCUUGAUGCCGACAGAACGCUAUAAGCAUUUUAUUCCAACAAUGACAAUUGAAAUAUUUGCCCACUUGCCAUUACUAUUAAUCAAAAAAACAAAUAUAUUUUUUUUCUUGUAGUUCACCGAAAAGAAAUCAAUUUUUCAAUCACUGAAUUGCUUUAUGGGAAAGAAUAAGAACACCGAGUGUUCCGUUUUAUCCUAUACCAGGCGGGAUUCCUGA